CAUCACUGAGACAUUCACGUUUAGGCUCUUCCGUCGCUCAACCGAAUCACUUCCAAUUUUUCUUCUCACACCACUGAAGAAAGCAUUCCGGUCGCCAACAUCUUUCUGCUUUACGACCUCAAAAUCUGGAGUUGACUCUGUCUCUUGACAAUUCAGCUAAGUCGUGACGAACACAUCAAGAUUCACCGACAACAGCUAAUCAAUUAUCUCAACUCUUUCCGUGCCGAGCAGCAACCAUUCAGCAAGCUGAGUUGGCUGUCGGGUAACUCAACCACUUGAGCCAGAUUAUUCUGCAACCCAACAUUCUCUCCCGCAAUCAAUACCAUCAAUAAUGGUCCGCGGAAGCCGUGGUGGUAGAGGAAACUCGCGCGGAAGCUGGCACGGCCCUGCAGCAAACAGAGGCCGGAGCCAACGGUCGGAUCGAGACGAUCAAACCCAUCGUCCGCGCCGUGUCUGCGCUUAUUUCCUGGCUGGACGGUGCACAUACGGUUCGUCGUGUCGAUUCUCUCACGACGAACAAGAUGUUGCGCGCGCCCGAGAGGAAGAGUCAUCGUCCGGCGCCACUCCGGGUGAGGCCCAGCGGUCGCGCGAUGACUACUUCGACUUCAAACGGCAGAUCCGCCGAUAUGAGGGCUCAUCAAUAUCGCUGUCUCGCUGGUCAGAGAUUGCCAGCGUUUGGACACUCGCGACCAGCAUCCUCGAUGCGGGCAACCGUGAACUUCACCAGUCUGUCGCCAGAGACCUGGCCGACGAAGAGAUCGGCGGCCCUUCCUUCGUGGGAAUGACAGUCCGGCUCUGCAACAUGGCACAGCAGCAACACUGCUUUGAAAUUGCCCGACCUUUCCUGCGGACAAUCACACACCCGUCACUUCUCCGCUGCUUGUCAAUCGACAGCUUCGUGGGCACCAUUUUUCGCGUCUUCGGCUGCAGCAACGGAAACCAGGGUGUGGCCUUUUUCUCCGGCCUUCACUCGAGACUAAACUUUUCGCAGGAUACGCAGGAGGCGCUUUCCCUCAUCAUCUCGGCGUUGUACGAACUGCUUCACCGGGAACGAAAGUGUCUCCUGAACGACGACAUGCCAAACCUCUUGGCGACGUUGGAGCUCAAGACCGAGCAGCUUCGAGUCGAGAUGGGGGACGAAUCAAGAGCGACCUCGGAACUGGAGAACGUGGCGGCACGGCUAGGCAUACUAAGAAGAAUGAUGGACGGAGCGCGUGGUCGUCUUGCCAAUGGAGCACCAGCUGAGGCUGUCUGUUCCCCUGGAGACCGUAACUUCGUCCACUCAACCUUCCCUAUGCAAAUCGUCGUCCCCGGUGGUGCCCACGACAAUGACUUUGCAGACAUCACAAAGAUUCAGAUCUUCCCGACCCUCGGAGAGGUGACCAGCGACGUUUCCGAGUACCUCCCCACGAUUGACUUCUCCCAGCCACAUUUUCUUCACGACCCUGUGCAGCGCCACCUCGAUUCGGCCUUUCGACUGCUGCGACACGACAUCUUCGGACCGCUCAAAGAAGCCGUCGGUGCCCUCCUGGCACAGCCCAACCUCGCCCAUGCCGGCUUGUCCAGCCGUUUCAUCACCGGAAACAUCAGAGCGCACGCCUACUCGCAGGCCAGCGUGCAGCACUUGCUCAUCGACGGGUGCCUGGAGGCAAUUCUAGCCUUUGCCACCCCACCGCAACUGCGCAAACGUUCCUUGGCAGACCAGCGGCGUUGGUGGGAGGAAUCCUCUCGGCUGGAGCCCGGCGGCUUGGUGUGCUUUGUGUCGUCCCGGGGAGACGACAAAUCUCUUAUGCUGUUUGUUGUUACCAAGAAAAAUACGAAGGAUGUCCCGGAAGGGCAGCACCGAAGCACGCUUGUCUCUGAUGAUUGCAAGCCGGCCAUCACGGUAAGAUUGGCAUCAGAGGCGCAGUCGAGCGUUGCUAUGCUCACGCGGAUGUAUGUCGAGAAGCAAGAGGGCUUGCUCAUCGAGUUGCCGGGGUUGCUCCCGGAGACCUUUGUUCCAAUUCUGGGGAACCUGCAGCGGAUGAUGCGAGAUGGGGAGCUGGCAUUCCGGCGCUACAUCCUGCCCCAUGAUGACUCGCAAUCCGGUGGUGCACAAGGAGCUGCUUCCAUGUCACCACCGACAUACGCACGCAGACCGGGGUUCAAGUUCCGGCUCCAGUCUAUCACGCGGAGCGGACAGCCUGCGCUGGAGCUUGACCCGACGGAACCAGUAGGAAGCCUCAGCCCCGAGGUCUUGGAAAACGCCACAGGACUGGACCGCGGUCAGUCUAACGCUUUGAUUGCGGCUCUUACCGGGGAGUAUGCCCUCAUCCAGGGCCCACCCGGCACUGGCAAGUCUUAUGUCGGCGUUCAGCUGGUGCGGGUGUUGUUGGACCACAAGGACGAAGCUAACCUCGGCCCGAUUUUGGUUAUCUGUUACACAAACCAUGCUCUCGACCAGUUCUUGAAGCACCUCCUGGACGUCGGCAUCGACAAGAUUAUCCGCAUUGGAGGACAGAGCCGCGCCGAAGAACUGGAGGGCAAAAACCUGAGAAUAGUGAGCAAGGGUAUGGCAAAGACACCGGUGGAGAGCCGGAUCUUGGGCCAGAACUAUAGCGAACAGAAAACCUGUCUCGAGGACGCCGGCCACCGUCUCGCGCCACUGCACCAAGUCCGCAAAGGUCGCCUCACCUGGAGCAGCCUUCGGCACUUCCUCGUGCGGCAUCGUCCAGAAAUCGCUCGUCAAUUUCAAGCCGAGAGCGAGGAUAACUUUCAGCUGGUGGGUAGUGACCCCGUGCAAGUUUGGCUGGGGUGCAGGCAACAUCAGUCAGGGGCAGUUGAACACGCCGGCGGCGAGACUGAGACGUUGGCGCUCACUGCGCGCGCGGAACGGAAUAUUUACUCACUGACUCAACACGAGCGCUGGGCACUCGCCAAUAGCUGGAAAACCCAGCUGACUCAGAUACAAAGCGAUCACCUCUUCGAGCUUGUCGAGCAGGUCAAACAGCACAAGGAGCGAAUCCACAGCGUUCACGACGACAUGAACCGCCGCACACUCCUCCAGGCAGAUGUCGUGGGAGUCACGACGACCGGUCUGGCUCGGAACAUCAAGAUGCUUCACCGUCUGGGCGUCAAAGUUGUCAUCUGCGAGGAAGCCGCUGAGGUGAUGGAACCGCACCUCAUCUCGGCCCUGAUGCCAGGAGUUGAGCACUUCAUCCAGAUUGGCGACCAUCGACAGCUGCGUCCGCAGAUUCAAAACUAUCUGCAAUUCAGUCUGGAAACGGCAGCCGGGCGCGCCCACCAGCUCGACCGCAGUCAGUUCGAGCGACGCGCCGUCGGGGAGCCGGGCUUGGCUCCCCUGCCCGUUGCCCAACUCAACGUGCAACGGCGGAUGCGGCCGGAGAUUUCGCAGCUCAUUAGACGGGUCUACCCAAACCUCGUGGAUCACGACUGCGUCAGGAACCUUCCCUCUGUCGUGGGCAUGCGCGACAAUCUCUUCUGGCUCGACCACGACCACCCCGAAGACGCCAAAGAUGACGGCGCCCGGGUGAAGUCGCACAGCAACCCCUGGGAGGUGUCCUUGGCCGCCGCUCUGGUCCGGCACCUGGUACGACAGGGCGAGUACUCAAGCACGGACAUCGCCCUUUUGACGCCCUACACGGGUCAGCUCCAAAAACUCCGCGCCGCACUGAGCAAAGAUUUCGAGGUCUUCCUCAGCGACCGCGAUCUUGAGACCCUUGCCAAAGAAAGUUUCGAAACCAACUCCAGCCAUGAAGAAUCCCCGGCAACAGACUCACCGCCGGCAAAGAAACAGAAGGUCAUUGAAAAGAAAACUCUCCUCAAAACAAUCCGCCUCGCCACAGUCGACAACUUCCAAGGCGAAGAAGCCAAGGUCAUUGUCGUCUCCCUCGUCCGGAGCAACAACAUCUCCAAAAUUGGGUUUCUGCGAAUCGAAAACCGAAUCAACGUCCUCCUCAGCCGCGCGCAGCAUGGCAUGUAUCUCAUUGGUAACGCGAAAACUUACCGGAACGUGCCAAUGUGGGCGGACGUUUUGCAGCAGCUCAAUGCAAGACAAGCGGUCGGGUCUUCUAUUGCUUUGGCAUGUCCCCGACAUCCUGAUACACCAAUCAUGUGUUCCACGCCAGAAGACUUUGUUCUGAGAAGCCCUGAGGGAGGGUGCACACUCACCUGUGACAGACGUCUCGAUCCGUGUGGACACAAGUGUCCGGCGCCAUGUCACUCAAAGAGGCUGCAUGAUGCUUUCGACUGUCUGCAGCCUUGUCCAAGGCUGAGGGAGAUGUGUUCGCAUCCGUGUCCGAAGCUUUGUGGACAGGUUUGUGGGCCGUGUGUGGUUAGGGUGGAUGGGGUGAAACUGCCCUGUGGACAUGUCAAGAAUGGUGUGGCUUGCUAUCAGACGCUGGAUUCGAAGGCGAUCAGGUGUUCGCAGCCGGUUGAGAAAGUCGUGCCGUGGUGUGGACAUACGGUUACUGUGCCGUGUUUUAGGGAAGUUGCACCGAAUGUAUUCACUUGUCCUAUGGAAUGUGGGCAGUUGUUGCCGUGUCGACAUCCGUGUCCGGGCACUUGCGGACGGUGUCGGAGCGAAGGGGAGGGUGCCAAGGUCAUGAUUUCGCAUCAGCGGUGCGAUAAAGUGUGCGAGCGCCCGUAUGGGACCUGCAAUCAUCGGUGUGCGAAGGCUUGUCAUGAUGGGCAGCCUUGUGGGAUUUGUCAGGAAAAGUGCGAGGUUCAAUGUCCUCACUCACGCUGCAACCAGGAGUGCCAGAAACCCUGCGCCCCCUGCAUCGAAAAGUGCACUUGGUCCUGUGCGCACCAGGGCUCCUGCAUGUCACCCUGUGCAGCACCCUGCAACCGACUCCCCUGCAAUGAGCGCUGCACGAAUACUCUCCGAUGCGGCCACCAGUGCCCAAGCUUUUGUGGCGAAGACUGCCCUCAUGAGUUCUGUCAGCUGUGCUGCUCCCAGAAGGAUGCCCAGGUCGACCUCAUGGAAUUCAAAACCUACAGCGAGAUCAGCCUCGACGAAACUCCAGUCGUGGUACUCAGCUGCGGUCACUCCUUCACCGGUGAGACGCUGGACGGCCUGGUGGGCAUGAACGGUGUCUACACCACCGACAAGUACGGACAUUUCAACGGCUUGCAGGAGCUUUCAGGAGAACUGACUGCCGUACCCACCUGUCCGUACUGUAAAAUCCCGAUCCGCCAGUUUUCAACAAAGCGGUACAACCGCCUUAUCAACAAGGCCGUGUUGGACGAAACUUCCAAGCGGUUCUUGGUCAACGGCCGUGACAGGCUGGCUGAGUUGGAGAAGCGGGUGGUCGAGGAGGAGGAAGAGCUUGACGCGUCGAGGUUUGCCGUCUCUGUCGGGUUGAACACCAAAUCUGAUCGGUACGCAGCUGCUACCCGACUGGACAAGGAGACGGCCAGGCUACGGAGGGAGAUGAAUGUGGAGCACCAACCGACUAAGAAGCUCUUUGACGCUGUACUGACCUUCCAGCGCCUCGAACGCGAGAACGCUGGACUGGAGCACGCGCUGAGAAAUAUUUCGCUCUCCGACUCCAACAGCUCGCCUUUCAGGCUGCAAGCCCCUGGACUGCAGUCCAUCUCACAGCCAGUCUACGACCAGCAAAUCGCCCUCGGCGCCCACCGCCUCCAACUACGCAUCCAAGAAGCCAUGCUGCGAGACACAUUCACCAUCCUAUCCAGGCGCACGAACAGUUCCUUGACUCUCCCUUUGGCUCCAGCAAACCCACUUAUCGAACGCAGCGCCCGCUUCCUGCAAUUCUGCAAAGAACUCAUUGGCGCCGCCACCAAAGCAAAACUCCCUCGCCUCGUUAUCCCGACCUGUUUGGCCUAUGCGCGCAUCACACAGCUUUCGGGAUGGUACCGUCGUGCAAUUACCACUGCCGCUGCCAUGGAAGGCGCGGAACCUAAUAUUCCUCCCGUCGCUCAGGGCACAGACAAUGCACAGGACGGAAAGGAAGACACAACGGAAACAGCGCGUGCUCUUCUUGCCCAAGCACUGGAACUGUGUGACAGCUUUCCAGUAGGGAAGGACUACAAAGGCGAAGUUGAGGAAACGAUGCGCAUGUUUGAAGGCCCUAGAUACGAAGCAGUCACUCCCGAGGAGAUUGCCGCGAUCAAGUCUGCUAUGGUGAGCGGGCCUCGCGGACUGGCGACGCAUGUUGGGCAUUGGUAUACGUGUCGGAAUGGGCAUCCGUUUGCGAUCGGAGAGUGUGGCAUGCCCAUGGAGCAGGCGCGGUGUCCGGAGUGCGGAGAGGCUAUUGGAGGUACAAAUCACAUGGCCAUGGAUGGAACACAAAGGGACAUGCGGAUGGAGAGUGAAUGAAUUGGGAUGUGUGGCUACAAACUGAAUGCCUUGUUUGGGAGGAGUAGAUGGUUAUCUGUAUGUUGAUUCCGUGAUAUUCUGUGAUGCGGAACCGUAAAUCAUGCCCGGAUGCCUUGGCAACCAUUCACAGUUCACCACCCCAUAGUGAGGUCUUCUGGUAACAGAGUUAGGGCUGAACCUGACAAUAGCAUUUUAC